AUGGCACCUCCUCGUAGGACUUCACAAUCAUCUCAGGGAGACGUACCUGAUAUCGCCAGAGCAAUAGAGGCGAUGGUAACGGCUAUGGCGCAGCAGAGUGUUGCGAUGAUGCAGCAACAUGAGGCAUCCAUGCAGCGACAGGCGGCGUCGCUUGAGCAGCAGCAGGCAGUGAUGCAGAAAAUGGAGGCUGCGAGGGUAGCUGCUGAGGAUGCUCAUCGGCAGCACAUGGAAGCCCUCCGCCAGCUGGAGGAGAACAGGGACCUGGAGCGCAUCUAUGACGCCAAGAUGUGCCCCGCAGAGAACAGGUUGGCAUUUUCAGUGUAUAUGCCCACGGGGGAGGCGGAGCAUUGGUGGAGUAGCACCAAAUCCAUCCUGGAGGAGAGGGAUGAGCCAGUGACAUGGGAGACUUUCAGAGAGAGAUUCCUCUCAGAGUACUUCCCAAACAACAUUCGGAAGUUCGAGAAUGCGCUUCGUGGUAACAUCCGCUUGAUGGUGGCUCCCUUGUCCAUCAAGGAUUUUGCCACUCUAGUGGAGAAGGCCUGGGUGAUGGAGAAGAUGAAGCGUGAGGUGGAAGGUCAGCGCCCACAGCAGUCACAACCGCCUCAGAGUACCGAUGGACCAUCUGGGUCCAAGCCCAGACAUGAGGAUUGGAGGAGACCAUAUGAUAGACCCCACCAUCAGCCUCAGGGGUUUAGGAGCUUUUCUCCUCAGCAGGGCCGAGUUCAGUGUUACAUAUGUGGAGGACCCCACCUGAGGAGCGCUUGUCCACGUAUGGAGGGUUACCGCAGGUGCAACAAUUGUGGCAAGGAAGACCACUUUGGGAAGGAUUGUCCCAACCUUGCCAGGGCAGCAACACGCCCUCCUGUUCAUACCCCUCACCAGCACCAGCGGAGAGACAGAGGCAACAGGCCUCAGGCAACGGACAAAGUCUAUGCCAUGACCGGAGUAGAGGCGGCAGGCUCAAGUAAUCUUGUUAUGGGUCGAUGCAUGAUAGCGGGUGAAUCUUUGUGUGUACUAUUUGAUUCUGGAGCGACACACUCAUUUGUGUCAUUUACUUGUGUGGAACAUUUAGGUCUGCUGGUGCGCGAGCUGUAG